CGACACGGUAUGCUCAGGGCGAGAGGGAAAUCAUAUGGCUGAGGUUCUCAAACUGUGCCGGGUCACCUCUCACACUUGAUGGGAUCAACAUUCUAUCUGGCUCCGAUUUCUCAAAAAACGCAUACAUUCUGACGAAACUAGAUAGAGGUGAAAAUAUUUAUACAUGAAAAUGAUGCAACUAAAGAAACUACAAAUCCCCCUCCCUCCCUGAAUAUGAUGCAACAGGUACAGAUAUAAACAACAGUAGAUACGAUGCUGUGCGUGUUUCUGACAGGUGUUGAUGGAGCAAGAUCGAACCAGUGAGUAUGGCUGUCAAUGGUGAGACCACAGCCCCCAGAGCUGAACUAGGGAGAGAGGACAUGUAUGCUGCCAAUGGUUCUAUGGUUGUAGAGACUGCUGCCAAUGGUUCUAAAGUUGUAGAGACUGCUGACAAUGGUUCCGAUGUUGAAGAAGAUAACGGUGUCCCUAUAGACAGAGGAUGGGCGUGGGUCGUUGUUAUAGGCUGUUUCGGUAUGCACAUGCUGAUCGUGGGCGGAGUCAAGUCGUUUGGAGUUUUGUUUGUUGAGUUCCAGGACAAGUACCAGGCCAGUGCCCAGGAGCUGGGCAUCAUACAGGGCAUGGGCAUGACCUUCAUGCUUGGUCUAGGGCUGUUCUCCAACAUGUUGGCGGUACGCUUCACGUGUCGGAAAGUUGUCUUCGUCGGAGGAAUUCUCACGUCCAUCGGCUUCAUCAUGACUGCCUACAUGCCCUCGUUCUGGAACCUGUACCUGACUUACGCGGUCACAGGUAUAGGGUUCGGCCUGUCCUACAGCCCCUGUGUCGUGAUGGUCGGAUGCCACUUCAGGAAGCGUCGAAGCCUGGCCAACGGCAUCUCCGUGUCGGGCUCCGGCGUGGGCUCCUUCGUGCUCCCGAACAUCAUGCGUGUGCUCCUGGACACGUACGACCUCAGCGGGUGUCUGCUCAUCCUUGGCGCCAUCACUCUCAACGUCUGCGCAUGCGCCAUGCUGUUUAGACCACUUAGCAGUUACAGGCCAAAGGUCAAGCGAACAAAAGUUACAGAGGGUGAGACGAAUAACACAGAGGAGGGGAGGGUGCCCACAGUAAAGUGUGAAGAGGACCAGGACCACAUACACAGAGAGGACAGUACGGACAAGGACAUGAGAAACGACGGCGUGGAGAUGGAGAAACUCCUCAACAACAACUCUGGCAACUGGGAACUUUACGAGAACGACAAAAACCUGGCGCUUUCCGGAAGUCGGAAUUUAAUUUACAAAGGGGAGACGAACCUCCGUAAACCUGGCAUGCACCUGCUGGCACCGGAUGUGACGAGUGGUCGCCUGACGCCAUCACAGUACGCCAGCAACGGCGACAUCUUCAUGGCCUCGCUCCAGAACAUUCCCCGCGAGGACAUGGCUGACCUCAACAACCGGUGCCUGGACCUGGGCUGUCUCUCGCGGCCCGGGGGGAGCGAGAACAAGACCAAGGUCAAGGCCAGCAACAAGGCAAAGGUCAAGGACCCGAACAAGCCGAAGCUGUUCAACUGGUCCCUGGUGACGAACCCCGUCUUCCUGAUGUACGCCUUCUCCUGCGUGCUGGCCAAUUUUGGCUACCCCAACAUCUUCUUCAUGCUGCCGGCGUUUGCAGAGAGCAAUGGCCAGGACAGGAACAGUGCCGCCCUGUUGGUCUCCAUCAUUGGCAUCACAGAUCUCUUGGGGCGCUUUUGUUUAGGGUGGUUCUCGGAUUUUAAUUUCAUCCCCAAAAGAUUUGGAUUUAUUGGUUGUAUAGCCAUCAGUGCGGUCCUGAACAUUAUUGUACCGGCAAUGACGUCAUUCGCUGCCAUGGCAACAUACGCCGCGUUGUACGGGUUCUUUGGUGGCGCCUUCUGGGCGUUGAUAGCUGUACUGUUGGCAGAGGCUCUAGGUGUUGAAAAGCUGAGCAGCUCAUAUGGUCUGAUCACCAUCUCCAUGGCAACAAGUCUGCUACCAGGACCCAUUAUUUGUGGUCUGAUCCGUGAUGCCACCUUGUCCUGGAACUAUGCUUUCAUCUUCUGUGGGAUCAUGGCCCUCAUUGGCUCCGUCAUUCCAAUCUUCGAGCCGUGCGCACAGAAAUAUUUGGCCACUAAGGAAGAGAAGAAAGCCUUGUCAAAAGUUUGACUGCGCGGACUUGGCGCGUAGUUGUCAACCAGGUUGAAAAUUGCUCCAUUCUGAGUUGGUUCAAUGUUACAUUUUAAACCACACAGCUUCAAACAUUCUCUAAUGACCUCAUGUUUUGAAAAUCAUAAUAUGAUCUCAUGUUUUGAAAAUCAUAUGACCUUAUAUUUUGAAAAUCAUAAUAUGAUCUCAUGUUUUGAAAAUCAUAAUAUGACCUCAUGUUUUGAAAAUCAUAUGACCUUAUAUUUUGAAAAUCAUAAUAUGACCUCAUGUUUUGAAAAUCAUAUUUUUACCUCAUAUCUUGGACGGUGAUCAUGUACGCUUGAAAAAUUAUUUAUAUCUGUUGGGUUACAUUUGUAAUUAUUUAAAUAUUUAUAAAUAUUGUUGAAUGACAAUUUAUGACAAUUUAAAUUAUUUUUUUCACACAUUGUUUUUUCUACUAUUGUUGAAUAACAGUUUAUGACAGUUUUUAACAUUUUGAACUGAAGUUUUUAUUUACAAUUUUGUUGAAUGAUAUUUUGAACUUGUCAGACUUAACUUGACAUCAAAUGUUUUUGAAUUGUUGCAUGUAUAUUUGUAUACAAGUUUACAAAAAUUUUAUUUAUCACUAUUAUUAUUAUAAUGUUGA